ACUAACGCAAAUCACGAUAUCAAAAGAGAAAAUGGCGACGUAAAUGUCGACUUCUAGAUUUACGAUUGUUUACUAGAUCUAGGUCUAAAUGACAAAAAUCUAGACCUAAAUGCGUUUGUGUUAUCAAAAUCUUCCUUAAACCGUUCAGCGUAUCCUAAUCUCUAUUUCGUAUGAGUUCAUUUGAAAAUUCCGGAUCACUGGACGGACAAGAGUCCGAAAGUGACCAGACUGGUGAUACUUCUUUUAGUUUUAUGAGCAGUGAAAUUAAAGCACCCAAACCUACAGAAAAUAUGUCAAAGCGUAGUGCUGCUGCCCAAGAGCUAAUCCUUCAAUACUACUGUCAACUGACAGAAGGCUGUGGAAAUGAGUCCUGUGAUAAUGAGAAUUGUGCCUCUAGUAAACAUUUUCGUCAUAAAGAAAGUGACAACAACAGGCUAGCACUGCAAGCAAUAGAGCUAUCUAAAGCCAAAGCCUCGCUCUGCGACAGAAGGCCCAACAAGAUUUCUCGCUUACCUACAAAUGAUGAGAAAGAUUUGACUUCCUCUGCUGAUGAAGACAAGUUAAAAAGUCAGCCUGUGGGUAUGGGAGCAAAGAGUAAAAUACCAUCCCCAACAUCUUCUACAGUUGACUAUAGCUCUAUUCUUUUACCAAGUGGCAGCAACACUUCAUUAGAGACCCAGUAUUUCACAGAAGACAAAAUAAUAUCCUUGAUUUCUGAAUGCCAGUCUAGCAACUCUUGGUUAAAACUUGUUCAUCAAAUAGGAUCUGUAUUUAAUAGUCCAGAGCUGCUCAUCAAAAGCUUUAGAAAAGACUUGACCACAUCACCUACUAAAGGUGGGAAUACAUCUAAUCAGGAUGAAAGCACAGUCUUGCCAGAUCCUCUCUGUACAUCUCAGACAUCUCUAUGUUCUAAUAAAGAUGUGUUUGUAACAGUGGAUAUUUUGUCUGUGAGACAAGCAUUUCAGCGCCUUUUAGAAGUACCAGACCAUCCGUUUCAGGGUGCAUUAAUUAAUGCCCUGACUGCGCUUUCCCGUACUGUAGAGAUGGAACUGAAGUAUCACAACAUCUUGGAGCGCCAACCUGACUACAUCAAUAUAUUUAUCAUUGUGAUGGAAAUACCUAUGCUUCAUUUUCCCGAGUAUUUAGAAUGCGCCUUUCCAAAUAUAUGUAAAGUUAUAGGCAUGUUACCAGUCAGCACACAGGCCAAACUUGCCAAAAUAUGGUCAUCAUAUGGACAGAUUCGACUUAGAGAGAUGGUUCAGUCUCUUCAGCAGAUGAUUACUGUUAAGGUGAUAAACUGUGAAGGACAAUGGUCCUCAGUCCUAAGGCUGUGUGAUGAUAUGUCCAUUACAAAUGCAACUCGAGUGUUAAAGAUACUCUAUUAUGCCAGCUUGCUUGGUGGUAAGAUGGACAGCGUUGAUUUGGUGGAAGAGGAACUCAAGCUGAAUGAACAAGAGUCUAUACAAGAACUCAUGCAAGGUGCUUUUGGAAUUGAGCCAAAGGAGACACCUCCAGUCAGGGAGGACCCUUUAGGCAAAGAGUUGGGAGUCAAGGCCAUAAACUGUCGGGAGCCUCUUAUACCAUAUGAGGAGUUUAUUAAUGAGCCAUUGAAUGACUGUAUAGACAUUGGGACGGACUACACCAAUCACAGGCUGGAUCCAGAAAAAAAGUUCUCCUUUGUGCCCUACAGCUUCAUACUUACGACUGCUUCCAAACAUACCUUCAUGUAUUAUGAUAACCGCAUUCGUAUGCUGCAGGAAAGAAGGACAGCGUUUGUUCAGACUUUGGUGCAUGGUGGUGCGCCGAAUCCGUUCUUGAGAGUACGAGUGAGGAGAGAUCAUAUUAUUGAUGAUGCACUUGUCAAUUUAGAAAUGGUUGCUAUGGACAACCCUAGUGACUUACGUAAACAACUGUUUGUGGAAUUUGAAGGAGAACAAGGACUUGAUGAAGGAGGUGUAUCAAAAGAGUUCUUUCAGCUGAUUGUCGAGGAACUGUUUAAUCCAGAUAUUGGUAUGUUUACUUACAAUGAGGACUCCCAUCACUACUGGUUCAACUCGUUGUCUUUUGAAAAUGAUGCACAGUUCACGCUGAUCGGCAUUCUCUUGGGGCUGGCUAUUUACAACAGUUGUAUUCUUGACAUCCAUUUCCCUAUGGUGGUCUACAGGAAAUUGAUGGGGAAAAAAGGGACAUUUUUAGAUCUUUACGACGUUGACCCAGUUCUAAUGUCAAGCUUGAAGGAAAUGUUGGAGUACAGUAAAGAUGACUUUGAGGAUGUGUUUGAUCAGGUGUUUAGAAUUGGCUAUCAUGAUGUAUUUGGCAACAGUCACACAUAUGAUUUGAAAGAGAAUGGUGACUCUAUACCAGUGACUCAGGAAAAUAAACAGGACUUUGUGGAUUUGUAUUGUGACUAUCUGCUGAACAAGUCAAUUGACCAACAGUUUCGGGCCUUCAAGCGAGGGUUCUUAAUGGUGACCUCUGAAUCACCUCUUAAACAGUUGUUUCGUCCAGAGGAGAUAGAGCUGUUGGUCUGUGGCAGCAAGGAAUUAGAUUUCCAUGCUUUGGAAGAGGCAACAGAGUAUGAUGGUGGUUUUGCAGCAGACUCUCCAACAAUAAGAAACUUCUGGAAAGUUGUUCAUGAAAUGGUGGAAGAUGACAAAAAGAAAUUACUGCAGUUCACAACAGGGACAGACAGAGUUCCGGUUGGUGGCUUAUCAAAACUGAAAAUGAUCAUCUCACGGAAUGGACCCGACUCUGACAGACUACCCACGUCUCACACAUGCUUCAAUGUCCUCCUCCUCCCUGAGUACCCCACAGUGGAGAAACUGCGAGACAGACUCCUGAAAGCAAUCAACUACUCCAAGGGCUUUGGAAUGCUGUGAUUUGUUUUUGUUAUUAAUAGACAUUUCAUGAUUUGCUUUGGCCUCUCAGGCUCCUCGUGUCCCCCCUCACUCAGUCACCACACAGACAUUGGACAAGAAAGAUUUGGAUGUUAUUGUUCAUUUGUGUGUGCUUGUACUUUUGUAUAAAUUAUUUGAACCCAGAAAAGACUGUUGACAGCAUUUUUCUUUUCUUUGUCAUGAAGGCUAGUUUGGAUUUCUUGUUAACAUCACCAGGUAAAACUCAGACUGUGAUAAGGCUGGGUGCUACUUAAGGAUCUGGGGAAUUAUAAUAUUUCAGUUUUAUCAUUCGGAAUUAAAAUUCCUUAUAAAUAUUUAUAAAUUUCUCUUUUUUAUUUAUUUUAUAGAGAAAUUUAGUGGUUCUAAAACAUCAGUCCGUAAGUCUAUUAUGUAACUUUUGGCAUAAAAGAAUAAUCUUUAAAUUGAUUUUAAAAUUUAUAUUGAUAAUUAAGUUGGUCAAAAGCCAGACAUUUCAAUGGCAUUUUUUUCUGAUCAUAUUGAAUCAGUAGUAAGAUGGUUUAGUCAAUUUGGAAUGUUAAAAAAAUUAACACCAAAAUGUGCCAUGAAGUUUACGAUAGAGGCAUUUGUUAAAUUGGUGUAAGCAGUGCUUUUCAUUGAGUGAUGACAUAGUUUUUCAUUAUCUUAAUGCAAAAUUGCAAACAAAAUAAUGUGAAAAUUCAUAAAGUGCCCUAUUGUGACCUAGAAGUUAAUAGAACAGAUGGUAAAAAGCGAUUUGAUUUUGAUUUGAUUUUUGGCACAUCUGCACAAUUCAGGCCAAUGCUAAAUGAGGCUGUUGUGUGGUCAGCACAAUGACCUACAACCUAUGCCAAUCUGAAUUGAAUUGAUCACGUUACAUUAAUAUUAAAUUAUUGUUUCUUCUGUAUUUUAAAUUUCCAUUUUAUUUGGCUUUGGAAUCAUUUGCUGUAAUGAUUCUUUUUUUUAAUACUGGAAUAGCUCUGUCUCCAUUUAAAAGAAAUCUGUAGAUAUUGCACCCUGUCUUAAUCUUGUGAUAGUACCAUAUGCUAUGCUAUAAUCAAACAUUUUUAGGAUUUUUUGUUAGUUGAACAAAAGAAUAACAUAAUAAUGGUUCUUACUUUUUAAAAUUUUUUAUUUUUAUUUGCCAUUUAAAAAAGUGAUUAAAUAGUAUUAACAUUUUAGAUUCAUUUCUUAUUGCAAGGGAAUCCCAUUCUCUCUUUUGUUGUAGUAUGAAAAAAGAGAGAUUACUGCUGUUAGACAUCAAGAUGUUUUGACAGUCUCUUUGGUACAAUUAUAGGAAAACAAUAUCAUAAGCACUUUAGGUUGAAUCACAGAUCUGUGUUGCUUUGCUCAUUCAAAUAAUCAAACAUUAAUGAGUGAAGUGUCUGUCCAUAGACAAAAGUGAUCUUCUGCUUAAUAGUAUUGGUUCAUUUCCCACUAUAGUGGUACUCGCUGUCAAUUAAAAAACUAACUAAGAUAGGCUCGCUGCAAUACUGGCAGAAUGCAGUCCAGUAUUUAAGCCUAGGCCUCUGUUCCUUCUUUUCUUCCUUCCAUUUAUUUCUCUGACAUUGUCUUCUCCCAGAAGUGUUUGGGUAUUUAUGUGAUGCUAUCAUUCUGAGACCUAGUGGUCCCUUAAAACAUUCGUGCUGUGGUCAGUUCUAGUGGCUUAGGUUUGAUACUUCAAAGCAGAGAGCUACUUUAGUUUUUCGGCUCAAUUUUAUCAACUGUUCAUUUAUAUUUAGUCUUUAGCCCUUGUUAUGACUACUAACUAAAGUCUGAUCAAAUGUUUCUUUUACUUGGCUACUCUCAUUACUGAAGAUAUUCAUCCCAUGCGUAUUUAAAUACCAUCUCUACCUUUCCUACCAAAAAGUCACUUACUAUAUCCCUCGGAAUGACUGCAUCUCUUUCACCAUUGAAUACUGACUUCAUGAAAUGACUCUACUUUCUUCCCUCCACCCUGUGUCAACUUGCAGCUGUGUGUACCUUAUCUGUGAUUCAAGUGAAUGGUUUUGUCUGCGCACAUCAGCAAAUGGAAAUAAUUGUGACUUCUUGAGUGGCUGUUGCUUGCUAGACUGUUACUCACUUGUAGAGGACAGUGUGGCAUAGAAUUAAUUAAUUCUUCGCUGCACUCAUUAGUAUUUGGAUGUAAAAAGUACAAUUUUUAUUUCUGGGUUAUGCCAACAAUAUUCUUUUGUUUUGUUUUUGUGUAAAAAUAUUUUUUUUUUGGUUGAACUGUUCUGCUGUCCAGGUAUAGAAGUUAUAAUAUAGAAUGCUUGUAAUGAUUUUUGUUUUGAACAUUUGAUAAUAAAAUGGUGUCUUUAUGAGAAGACCAAAAAAGUA